UUUAGUUGUGUCGAGGGCCAAUUGUUGUUAGGAAGUAUUCGAUUUGACGACUGUGAGCGGAAACAUUUCGCUGAGCUGAUGGGAAUUCAAUAAAUAAACAAGCGCCAAAUACGUGGAAAUAAAGUUUAUCAAAAAUUCGAGAAACAGUUGCAAAGAAAAUAAGCAUUUCCGUGAAUUGCAGUAUCAGAAAAAAAUGACGCCAAUAAACACCAAUAGGCUACGGCGCUUCACUCGGCUACUGCUUGUUUGCCUUGCUCUUUGCCGAUUCAGCGCAGCUCAAAUGUAUGAAGAGAACGAGACCUGUGAUUUUGGUACCUACAAAGGAACUUGCUUGAGAGAGAGUAAAUGCCCAGAGUUGCCGGUUUAUAUGAAAGAAUUGGACUUGAAAGCGAAUGAUGUGGGUCAUUGCGGUUUUACAGUUGCAGAGGAGAUCAUAUGUUGUCCUGUUAGACUAGCACCUGCGCCAGCCGCGAAGCAACUGCCUGAUGCAUUUAUAGAUCUUUUAAAACCAUUCGAAUUUCGUCCGCCGCCUCCAGAAGAUGAGACUACUCUGAGUUCUGUACAAACGACCUCAGCAGACUAUUGGUUUGGAAAUAAUUUCCAGGACAUCAACAAAGAUAAAAGUUCGCGAAGUAAUAAUGGAAAUUCUGCAGCAAAUGAUGAUGAAACUCAAGGAUUAAAUGCGAUAUUCAAUGGAAAUCCUAUUCAGGGUGGACUUGACGGAAACCCUCUUCCAAAUGAAAGUGAAGAUGCAAGAAUAAAUGCGAUAUUCAACGGAAAUCCUAUACAGAGUGGCAUCCCUAUUCAGGAUAAUUCUCAAAGUUUCGACAAGAUAUUUAAUGCAAAUACUGUGUUCAAUGGAAAUCCUCUUCAGGGUGAACUUGACGGAAACUCUCUCCCAAAUGAAAGUGAAGAUGCAAGAAUAAAUGCGAUAUUCAACGGAAAUCCUAUUCAAGGUGGACUUGACGGAAACUCCCUUCCAAAUGAAAGUGAAGAUGCAAGAAUAAAUGCGAUAUUCAACGGAAAUCCUAUACAGAGUGGCAUCCCUAUUCAGGAUAAUUCUCAAAGGUUCGACAAGAUAUUUAAUGCAAAUCCUGUGUUCAAUGGAAAUCCUCUUCAGGGUGGACUUGACGGAAACCCUCUUCCAAAUGAAAGUGAAGAUGCAAGAAUAAAUGCGAUAUUCAACGGAAAUCCUAUACAGAGUGGCAUCCCUAUUCAGGAUAAUUCUCAAAGUUUCGACAAGAUAUUUAAUGCAAAUACUGUGUUCAAUGGAAAUCCUCUUCAGGGUGGACUUGACGGAAACUCUCUCCCAAAUGAAAGUGAAGAUGCAAGACUAAAUGCGAUAUUCAAUGCAAAUCCUAUUCAGAACGGGAUCCCUGUGCAAGAUAAUUCUCAAAGGUUCGACAAGAUAUUUAAUGGAAAUCCGGUGUUCAAUGGAAAUCCUCUUCAGGGUGGACUUGAUGGAAACUCCCUUCCAAAUGAAAGUGAAGAUGCAAGACUAAAUGCGAUAUUCAAUGCAAAUCCUAUUCAGAACGGGAUACCUGUGCAGGAUAGUACUCAAAGGUUCGACCAGAUAUUUAAUGGAAAUCCUGUGUUCAAUGGAAAUCCUCUUCAGGGUGGACUUGACGGAAACUCUCUUCCAAAUGAAAGUGAAGAUGCAAGACUAAAUGCGAUAUUCAAUGGAAAUCUUAUUCAGAACGGGAUCCCUGUGCAGGAUAAUACUCAAAGGUUCGACAAGAUAUUUAACGGAAGUCCUGUAUCAAAUGGAAACCCUUCACCAAAUGGAAUAGUGGAAAAUAUUCCAAAGCUUGACAGAAACCUUCUUUCAGAUGAAAGUGAAAAUGCAAGACUAAAUGCGAUAUUCAAUGCAAAUCCCAUUCAGAGUGGGGUCCCUAUUCAGGAUAAUUCUCAAAGGUUCGGCAAGAUAUUUAACGGAAAUUUUGUAUCAAAUGGAAACCCUGCAUCAAAUGGAAUAGUGGAAAAUAUUCCACGGCUUAAUCGAAACCUUCUUCCGGAUGAAAGUGAAAAUGCAAGACUAAAUGCGAUAUUCAAUGGAAACCCUAUUCAGAGUGGGGUCCCUAUUCAGGAUAAUACUCAAAGGUUCGACAAGAUAUUUAAUGGAAAUCCUAUUCAGGGCGGACUUCAGGCAAACCCUCUCCCAAAUGAAAGUGAAGAUGCAAGAAUCAAUGCGAUAUUCAAUACAAAUCCUAUUCAGAGCGGGAUCCCUAUUCAGGAUAAUUCUCAAAGGUUCGACAAGAUAUUUAACGGAAAUCCUGUAUUAAAUGGAAACCCUAUACAGAGUGGGGUCCCUAUCCCAGAUAAUACUCAAAGGUUUGGCAAGAUAUUUAACGGAAAUCCUUUCCCAAUUGGAAAUAUAAUAGGUGAAAGUAAGUCGGAGCCGCAGACUGGAAACGCGAUUGGGGAUGGAGCUCAAAGAAUAAAUUAUAUAUUUAAUGUGAACUCUAUACCAAACGGAAAUCCGACUGUAGAUAAUAUUCCAAAGCUUAACGGGAAUCCUCUUCCAAAUGAAAGUGAAGAUGCAAGACUAAAUGCGAUAUUCAAUACAAAUCCUAUUCAGAGCGGGAUCCCUAUCCCAGAUAAUACUCAAAAGUUUGACAGGAUAUUUAAUGGAAAUCCUGUACCAAAUGGAAAUCCGAUAGUGGAAAAUAUUCCAAGGGCUAACGGAAAUUUUCUUCCGGAUGAAAGUGCAAAUGCAAGAAUAAAUGCGAUAUUCAACAGAAAUCCGGUUUCAAAUGGAAGCCCAGACACCGAAAGCAUGCCGAUUAGAAACCCGGAAAGUGAUGAUAUUACAAAAGACAUUAUCAAACAAGCAUAUACAGACAACGAUUUCCUAUUUGAAAGCCAUAGCAAUAACCCAUUUCGUAAUUAUCUGAAGCAAUCAAGGUGAAAGUCUUUCAGAAAGUGAUGUAAUAGUUAAUACACUCGUACCAUUAAUACUUAUAUUUAGUUUUGUGAAUGGCAACCUCCUCGGCUUCGGAUUUCAGUUGAAAGCCAAGGAAGGAGCCUGCUCGGCCAAAUAGGCCGAAUGUUAUUCUAAAUAAAUUUAAUAUAUAAAUACCAUAUAAAUCCAUUAAUGUUA